AUGAUCCGUUUAGUGCAUCUCACGUUCCCUAGAGCUCCCCCGAACCCAGAGUUCGAAACAGAGUUCCGCGAACCCAGGGUUCGAACAGUUCCCCGAACCCAGGGUUCGAACACUCCCCGAACCCGGGCUAACAUUGAGUUGUCUCUUGUACAUGCUGUCCAUGCAGGUGGGCCUCUGUUUGUGCCCCACAAUGUGUGGCAGGGCUACCAGAAUGCACGCAAGGAGCGGCUUCUUUGUGAAUAUUUGGCUGGUCUUCCAGAUGAGAUGCGAAAAAAGGUGGCAGACCUUGCAGCGCCGGAUGCCAAGGACUUGGGCAUCGAGAUGCCGCAGGACCUCAGUGCGGCUGGACUUAUGCCAGAGGCACAUGGAAUCCAGCGGCUCAAGGUCACGAUUCCCCGAAGGAUGCGUGGCCUCAUCCUCCCUGUUAAGAAAGACCUGCCCUCCAAAGUGGAGCUGAAGAUUCCGGAACCUUCGGCUACUGUGCGUCUGUGCAGCCCUAUGCUGGCACCAAUCGUUGCCUGGAAGGUCACGGCUACGUCAUUCGGCAAGUCGUCCAUUGCUGCCCAUUUGCCGACAGAUCAUCAGGUGAAGAUCGAGGAUGAGUGGGUGGAAUGUCGAGGUGCCAAAGGUGACAUCGCCAAAGGCUUGAUCAAAGCUAAGCACAUUGUCGGAAUGAUAUCAUUGGGAAAGGAUGUCACGCUGAAAGAGGCCAAUGGCUGCGGCAGCGUCCUUGUACGCAAGACCGCAACGCAGGACGAAGGAAAGAAUGCUCUUGGCUAUUGGGAUGAUGGGAAGAAGGUCAAGGUGGUCAACCACUGGAUCGAGUGCUCCUGGGAAGGUGCCGGGCCAUUAAAGCGGGGCAUCGUCCAGGCCAACUGCGUUCCGGAGAACGACAUUGUUUUGCGGGGGCCGGAAGAGGAGCUGUCAGACUGCCAGGCUGUCCUGAAGCUCUUCAAAGCGAAGCUCGGCUUCGACGUCGAGGUGUUUUCGCUCGGCGGUGUGCGCCUCAUUAGACCCACGGCAUGUGAUAAACUGUGUGUCAAGUUUGGUAAGUCGAAGCAUUACUUUGAUUUCUGCACAUACCCCUGA